AGAAAAUGCAGGCGAUACGCAUAGCAUUUCGGCGGACAAGAGCCUGCCGAAGACUGUUUUCGAUACAGUCGGCCACUUCCUCAUCAGAUGAACCAACAGUCGUUCACAAGAUGAUGCCAUCGGAAAAUUUUAUGAAAAAGUUCAUCAAACGGCCAUCCCAUCGAGACAGACUUGCCUCACUGAUCUCGGAAGUAGAUAUGUUUAUGGAUAUCUUCGGAAAGGAUUCUCUGCCCGACUUUGAUGACUCUACGUGGACCACGUUCUUUGGAACCUGGUCAGUUGAAGAACGUUGUAACUUCCUGGAUUAUCUGCGUCGCAGUCGAACUUCAGCGAGUCCCUCUUCCACUCCAGAAAGGGAGAAGGCAAGUAAUUUCUUAAACAAGCAGAAAGAGGAACGUGGUGAAAUGGUUUAUGCUCCCGAUUUCGUUAGUCUCUUAGAAUUACGUGGACAGGAUUUUCGUAGAACAAUCGACCGCAUGUAUGGCAGCCGGUUACUCGCAAUGAAGAGGAACGACGAAAGUUUACCAAAACUUGUGGUUGACUGCCGCUUUCUGGCAGAGUAUAGCGUUGUUAUCCAGAGCUCUUUUGCUAGGCAGAUUCAAACGUUACACGAUAAUAACUGGACUUCGCGACUUCCAUUUGAUAUCACUCUAGCAAACUUUCGUCCAGAUAGUCGCCUCGCAGAAAUUGUGAAAAGGCACUGGUUCUUCCACUAUGGACCUCCUUCCGCGAAGGCUGAGUUCUCUCCGCACAUUUUCGCUCCUAGCCUGACUACCAAAUCAAUUGCUGAUGCCUGCAGUGUAGACCCUGCCGAGAUCAUGUACAUAUCAUGGCGUGCAAAACAAUUCUUGCCCGAGGUUCCUCCUUCAAACGUCAGAGCUGUAGUCCUGUGUGCGAGUAACGACUACCAACCAUGGUCAAGCAGCGUUUCUGCGGCGCAAAAAGACAACAUUACGGCGUACAGGAUACCGUUGGAACGUUACGUCAGGUUCGAAAGAAUGACUAAGGUGCUUUCUCUGAGCUCUUCUUCUUCUGUUCUGCGGUCCUAUUUCCGAGGUGACGAUCUUGGCCCCGCGAUUCGCAAAGCAUUUGUCAACCCAAAAAGAGAGAAGUCUGAGAUUUUUGGUAGAAACGACAGAGAACUUUUUGAGCGAUUUAAAGCUGUUGUCCAAGAAGCAAUAGCGAAAGCGGAAGCGGAAGCACUUCCUCUAUCGUUCAAGAAGAAAAGUGCAGAUUUGCCCAAGAUGAAGAAGCCUAAGGUGCAUCGGUACUCCAGAGAAGAACGAAGGAAAAUGCGAGAAGGAGAGGCUGUUUAGUAAAGCGCAUAGUUUUGUACAAUAUCGUUAUUGUUGAGUUUGUUAUUGAAGUG